UAGGUUGCAUCGUACAGAAAGUCACCUCGUAGUGGUAGUGUCGGUCAGUCAGAAGCUCCCGAGAAGCUACCAGAGCUAGCGUGGUUAUAGUGGUUCAGCGCCAAGGUCGAUAGUAGGACAGCAGCAUCCUCGCGCCUUGUUCAACGUUACCUGCAAUCUAUUCAUCUGACAACUUAGCGCAAACACACGAAGGCCAACGUUAACCAAAGCCGAGCAUACUGCUUGCUAACCAUUUAGCGAGCUAGCUUGAAGUUCCGCUCGGUGUCCUUACUUGUAUCAGGACAUCUAACGUCACAGCCAUGGCUGCGCUGAGAGCGAACUAUCACAGGAUCCUGGACAAGAUCGAGCAUAUGCUGCCCAGCAAGCUGAGACCUCUGUACAACCACCCGGCGGGUCCAAAAACAGUUUUCUUCUGGGCACCGGUGUUUAAAUGGGGUCUGGUUGGAGCUGGAUUGGCUGAUAUGACUCGACCGGCAGAGAAGCUCAGUACCUCCCAGUCUGCAGUGCUGACGGCCACAGGCCUGGUCUGGUCCAGAUACUCGUUAGUCAUAACCCCCAAGAACUGGAACCUGUUCUGUGUCAACUUCUUCCUCGGCCUCGCAGGAUCCUCCCAGCUCUACAGGAUCUGGAGGUACAAACAGGAUCAGAAGGCAGAAGUCAAAGAGGCUGCAGAGUCCUGAGUGCUUCUCCACUUGCCCCAGUGGACUGAACGGAGACGCCUCACAAAGCCGACCCAUCUUGUCCACACAUUGUCUCCAUAACGACCACGCCAUAACCAUCGUUCCACCACAUUAAGCCUGUUGGAAAGAUGCACUUCUCGAGUUUCAAACUUCCUCAGGGUGUAACUAAGAAAAAAAACAGGCUGAGCCUUCGUCAACAUACUCAAGAAUUAUCGUCACCAACGCACAAAUAUUAGUUGAACAACUUUUAUGAUUGUAAAUUCUUCCAGUUGUUUAUCUUGUGCACUACUUGGGAAGUUUUUUCUUUUUCGUCCAUACUUCUUCAGGUGUAGCAAUCAGUACCUCGUGCAUUGAUUUCCAGAAGCGCGUAACUCUUGGAUAUAUCUAAAGGCGGUUUAAAGUAAUGUUUCCAAAUUAAGGAUUUUGUCACAUUAAUCUUUUAAUUGUCUUAUUUAUAAUCAAGUUGUGGCAUCUGUAUCCGUGAUUAAAUAAUUUAUAACCAUGGAAUAAUUUCUUCCAUUUGAAAUGCUUUAAUGUGACAGCAAAUCAUAAUUUAUUAAUCACAUGAUCAUUUUUUGCCCAUUGUCAACACUGUAUAGAAAGAUGCUGUCAAUUUCUGAUUGUGUCAGGAAAAUGUAAACAUGGCUUAUUUAUCCUGUGCAGCUUUUUGAUUUAGUAAACAAAGCAAACAGAUGCCAACAGCUCUUUUAAACAUUUUAAAAACCAACAUCCUGCUUUUACUAGAAAGUUAUAUUUUGUCUAGGUACUUCAUUCACAAGUUCACAACAUACCUUACCUUUUCUUAGCAAUAAUUGGUGUUAUCACUUUAGAAUACUCCUUUUAUUUUCUGACUGAACAAAUGGCACUUUGAUGGGUCUGAUCUAAUAAAUCCUGUUAACACGUGCA